AUGAAGGAGCAGCUGUUUAUUGUGUUGGAAACUCAAAGCAUGGAAGACAUUCAUACAUGGCCAUCUCUGUUUUGGUUGUCAUUGCAGGGGAGCGUGUUCAAUACGUGGAAACCCAUGUGGGUUGUACUGUUAGAAGAUGGAAUUGAAUUCUAUAAGAAGAAAAGUGACAACACCCCCAAAGGAAUGAUCCCACUGAAAGGGAGCACUCUGACUAGCCCUUGUCAGGAUUUUGGCAAAAGGAUGUUUGUGUUUAAGAUCACUACGACCAAACAGCAGGACCACUUCUUCCAGGCAGCCUUCCUGGAGGAGAGAGAUGCCUGGGUUCGGGAUAUCAAGAAGGCCAUUAAAUGCAUUGAAGGAGGCCAGAAGUUUGCCAGGAAAUCUACCAGGAGGUCCAUUCGACUGCCAGAAACCAUUGACUUAGGUUCCCUGUGCUUGUCCCAUCUAGGUAACUGUGUCAUUGAUUGGCUAGUAUCCAACCAGUCUGUUAGGAAUCGCCAGGAAGGCCUCAUGAUCGCUUCAUCGCUGCUCAAUGAGGGGUAUCUGCAGCCUGCUGGAGACAUGUCCAAGAGUGCAGUGGAUGGAACUGCUGAAAACCCUUUCCUGGACAACCCUGAUGCCUUCUACUAUUUUCCAGACAGUGGGUUCUUCUUUGAAGAGAAUUCCAGUGAUGAUGACGUGAUUCUGAAAGAAGAAUUCAGAGGGGUCAUUAUCAAGCAGGGAUGUUUACUGAAGCAGGGGCAUAGGAGGAAAAACUGGAAAGUGAGGAAGUUCAUCCUGAGAGAAGACCCUGCCUACCUGCACUACUAUGACCCUGCUGGGGCAGAAGAUCCCCUGGGAGCAAUUCACUUGAGAGGCUGUGUGGUGACUUCAGUGGAGAGCAACUCAAAUGGCAGGAAGAGUGAGGAAGAGAACCUUUUUGAGAUCAUCACAGCAGAUGAAGUGCACUAUUUCUUGCAAGCGGCCAGCGCCAAAGAGCGCACAGAGUGGAUCAAAGCCAUCCAGGUGGCCUCCCGAACUGGGAAGUAAAGACACUCCUGCAUUCCUCCUCCCCUCCUGCGGGAAGCCCAUGGACAAGCUGAGUCCAGGACCUGUCCACUUCUGUGACAAAUCAAUGGGAAAGAGCCCAGGGGUGGGAAGUUUUCAUUUGCAGGGGGGUCUGAAUUAACUCACCACGUGGCGCGCAAGGUUCCCCUGCAUCGUAUUGCUCACUGCAGCCCCUCCGCCCCUCUCCAUGACCCCCAAGCAGAUAUAACAAGCUGUGCAGCCUCAGUAGGCUGCUUGCCCUCUCCAGGCCUCAGGGCCUCUUCUGGAAAAUGAAGAAAUUCAACUAGGAGAUUCCUGAGGUUCCCCCAGCUUAAAAAAAAAAAAAAAAAAAAAAAAAAAAAAAGUCUUCUAACACUCACAGAAGUGAAAGCCUAUCUAGUUGAUCUGCUGGUGUCCUUCCUUGGCUAAGUCUUGGCUUUCGGUUAUCUUCAAAUGCACCAGAACCUGAGCCAAGGCUUCUCUCUGAAACUCUUGCUGAUCUAUAGUACCAGGAAGAAACCUCUUUUGUUCUCUUCAGCCAUCUUCUACUUGCUCUUGGCCUCGAGGUCGUGUAACAAAACGAAGGAGAGCUCUCUUCUUUCUUCCUCAUCCUACUCAAAAACUUCCCGAGAGCAGUGGUGGCUUUGAGGGUUUUGACUUCUAUUACUUUUCGCAGCCUGGAAAGUUGUGUCUUCUGGGAAAGAGACCCGGGGAGGCCAGGAGUAGCUGAGGGUCUUUUCUGUGCCCUGAAGCCGCCCAGAGGAGGCCUAUCCCACCCUGGGUUGAGGCUGAUCUGAGAGGUUCUCCCUUUGUUCCUUUCUGGAGCAUUUCUCUAACGUUUAUUACAAUUUGGAGGGGGACCCCACAUCUGUGAGAUUCUGUUUCAUUUGAGGUUUACAGAAAAAAAAAAAAGUGGUCAGAUGCGUUCGCCCCAUGGGUAAGAGGCCUGGGCAACUGCCUGGUGAAUGUGUCUCCCGGCAGCUGUAGGAAGUGGAGGGGCUGAACUACCAGCCAGUUCAUUGGAUGAUGGGUUAAUUCAACAACUGCACUGAAAGGACUCAGGGCCACGCAGAAUCCCUGAGAGGAGCUGUUAGCAUUGCGCAGCAUCUUCAGUUCUCCAGUUAAUGAUAUUCUGUUUGUGCCUCAGCUUUAAGCACAAGUAGCAGCAGCGCCUGCUUGAGUUCUGAGGGCAUCGUGGCCCUAUGAUUAACCAGAGUGAUCUAACCUAGACUAAAAUUGGGAACUUGUGUGCAAUUUUUGACUUGACCACUGACUAGUGUGAUUCUUCUCCAAGACUGAGAAAGACAGCACCCAUUGAAGCAGAUAUGUGUGUGAAAGUAUAUUUUUCAAUUCCAGAUUUUUAAUUUUAAGGCCCCAGGAAAGAAAGGAGAGUAGAACCUUUUUCCUCAUUUUAUCAAUUCCUCUCUUGCCCUCCCUCAAUUCCCCUGUAACAUUCCUGAGGCUGUUCCUACUCCCAGAUGGUUUUAUCAAUAGCCUAGAGGUAAAGAACUAUCUUUUUCUCUGAUUCUUUAAUAAAUUGUCUUUAUAGAAUAUGCACAAGUUUUUCUACACUCAGUGUUAAAGUAUUUAUUAAUGGGAAGUCAACUUAAUGUUUUGAAAUAAAUAUAUGACUCUGUUUAAUGCA